AAUCUACUUCUGUCCCUCUUACUCUUCGGUUGAUUUGUUUGUGUGUCGUGUUAAGCGCGCGGUUUCACUCUAAUUCUGUUAUGGUUUUUCUGUUCGAGUGUGCUUUUUUUUCUCUUUUAAUGUAGCAUGGGUGUGUGUAUAUGUGAAUGUGUGUGUGUGAAUGUAUUUGUUUGAACACACCGAGCUGAUAAGGUUGUUUGCUAGCUCGUGUUGCCAUUCAUAUGACGCAACAUUGUUUUCAGUUUCAAUUUUAUUCGGUACGUUUUCGGUUCGUUCUUACGGCCGUUACCUCUUUUUUUUCUCUCUUCUUUCUGUGUUCGUGUUUAUCUACUUGUUUUUAUCCUUGUUAAUUUAUCUUAAAACGAAUUUUCUCGCCAAUUUUGCGUACAGUCGCGCUUAAAACAAUCUCCAUUAAUCGGCUGCGGCACGAAAUCUUUUUUGUUUUACAGAAAAUUAUGCUAAUAAUAAAAUUGAAAAUUACAAGGGAGUGAAAUUGUAUGGUAAUUCGGUGGGCGAUGCAUUCAAGUGUUUCUAUUUAGUGAAAACCUAUGAGUGCGUCGCAAGUAUAAUAUAGUAUAUCGGAUACAAUAGCACACCGACGAAAACACUUAUCUAAAUGUAGAAUUACAAGCCGAUUACAUAUUUGGAGUGAUAAAAAGUGAAUAAUAGUUAUUAAAUAUCAAUAGCAACAAACACCGAAAUAAAACACAAACAAACGGAUUGUUUUGUGACAGCUAAAUUGGGCAUCUAAAACGAGAUCGCAUAUAUAGUGAUUCGGUCGUCAUUCGCUCAUUAAUUGGGAAAUAAAUUCAAAUGUGGUUUAGCUGAAAGUGGUCAUCGAAUUCGAAUGUCAAUACACGCAAUAAUCGAAUUUGACACGAAUUCAUUGGUUCACAUCCAUACAUCGGUUCGCUUGAAUCUAGUAUGAACGAUUCGAAAAUGGAUUCAUCGAGUUUUUUGCAUCUUGGCGAUAUUGUGUCGCUGUACGCAGAAGGCAGUGUUUGCGGCUUUCUAAGUACGCUCGGUUUGGUUGAUGAUCGAACAGUUGUUUGUCCGGAGGCAGGCAAUUUAAAUAGUCCACCGAAAAAGUUUCGCGAUUGUUUAAUCAAAAUAUGUCCGAUGAAUCGAUAUUCGGCACAGAAACAAUUCUGGAAUGCGGCCAAACAAAAUGCACAAAAUAUCAACAAUGGUGGAAUGGGUGGAUCGAGCAGUGAAACAAAUACCGAUACAAGCCUUUUGAAGCGAUUACAUCAUGCGGCCGAAAUCGAGAAGAAACAAAAUGAAAGCGAAAAUAAGAAAUUACUUGGUAAUGUCGUCCCUUACGGCAGUAUCGUACAAUUACUUCAUUUAAAAUCAAAUAAAUAUCUCACCGUCAACAAACGGUUGCCAUCGUAUUUGGAGAAGAAUGCGAUGCGCGUGUAUUUAGAUGCAAAUGGUAAUGAAGGGUCAUGGUUUUAUAUAUCACCAUUUUAUAAAUUGCGGUCAACCGGUGAUAAUGUCGUGAUCGGCGAUAAGGUUAUUUUGAAUCCAGUACAAGCUGAUCAACAAAAUUUACAUGUUGCCGCCAAUUAUGAAUUGCCCGAUAAUCCUGGUUGCAACGAGGUUAACGUGCUGAAUUCGUCAACAUCAUGGAAAAUUACACUAUUUUUAAAGCACACUGAAAACCAAGACGAUGUUUUGAAAGGGGGCGAUGUUGUGCGUCUGUUUCAUGCCGAACAAGAGAAAUUCUUGACAAUGAACGCCUAUAAGAAACAACAACACGUGUUUCUUCGCACGACUGGCAGAACGAGUGCAACAGCGGCAACAAGUAGCAAAGCAUUGUGGGAAAUUGACAUUGUUCAACAUGAUCCAUGCAGAGGCGGUGCUGGUCAUUGGAAUUCCUUGUAUCGCUUCAAGCAUUUGGCUACUGGAUUUUAUUUGGCCGCUGAACUGGAUACAUCCGCACCAGUAAAUCCAAAUACAUCGAUUGCAAAUUCAUCGGUAAUAAAUAGCGCAUUAAACACACCGUUAGCACAAAGACUUGGCCUUGGAAUUGAUAUGGAGUCGAGCAUACCAACGCAUCAAGGUCCAUCGCCAACAUACCGCUUGGUUCCGGUAUCAUAUUCAAGUGAUUUAGCAUCGGUAUUUGAAUUAGAUUCAACCACAAUGACUCGCAUCGAUUCGUUGGUGCCACAAUCAAGCUAUGUGCGGAUGAGACAUUUAUGUUCAAAUUCAUGGGUUCAUGCCACAUCACAGCCGAUCGAUGUGGACGAAGAUAAGCCGGUCAUGUCAAAAGUCUGUUGUUCAUUUAUCAAAGAAGACAAAGAAGCGUUUGCCUUGAUUCCAGUGCCACCGUUUGAAGUACGUGACUUGGAUUUUGCCAAUGAUGCGUGCAAAGUUCUCGAAGCAAUGAAUACCAAAUUGAAAAAUGGUUCAUUGACUCACAACGAACGUCGUCCUUUGAUCGCACUAUUACAAGAUAUUGUGUAUUUCAUUGCCGGAUUGGAGAAUGAACAGAGUAAAAGUGAAGCGCUCGAAUUAACCAUUAACAAUCCGAAUCGUGAUCGACAAAAAUUGUUACGUGAACAAGAGAUUUUGAAACAACUAUUCGUCCUGUUGAAGGUUCCAUUCGAAACACAAGUGCCAAGUGAGGAUGAUAGUGAUAAAAUGGUACCAUUUUUGCGUCUCGACGAUUUAAGCGAUCCAAAGAAUGGCGUUUACAAGUACAUAUUUCGAUUGUGCUACCGUAUAUUGCGUUUGAGCCAACAGGAUUAUCGAAAAAAUCAAGAAUAUAUUGCCAAACAUUUUGGUCUGAUGCAAAAGCAAAUUGGCUACGACAUUUUGGCCGAAGACACAAUCACCGCUUUGUUACACAAUAAUCGUAAAUUACUCGAAAAACAUAUCACAGCCGCUGAAAUUGAAACGUUCGUCGGAUUGGUACGAAAAAAUAUGGCCAAUUGGGAUUCACGAUUUUUGGAUUAUUUAUCCGAUUUAUGUGUGUCAAAUCGGCGUGCAAUCGCUGUUACACAAGAGCUCAUUUGCAAAAGUGUGUUGAGUGCCAAAAAUUCGGAUAUUUUAAUUGAAACUGAAAUCGUUGAGUGUGAACCGCCGCCAUUAAUUCACAUUGAAAAAGAUCCGGCCGAAAAGACGGAAGAUGAAAAAGAGCUUGAAAAUGACAGUCGAUUACAGGAAGUAAAGCAGAAUUUUCAAGUGCGACUUUUGUGGCAUAACCGAAUGCAAAGUAAAUCGAUGCUGGAGUUGUCGUUGAACGAUGAACAUGGCAUUUUGGACUAUUAUCGACAUCAAUUGAAUUUAUUUUCGAAUAUGUGCUUGAAUCGGCAAUAUCUUGCCCUCAACAAUUUGUCACAACACUUGGAUAUCGACCUCAUUUUGAAAUGCAUGUCGGAUGAAACGGUUUCGCAUGAUUUGCGUUCAUCCUUUUGUCGAUUAAUGCUUCACUUGCAUGUUGAUCGCGAUCCCCAAGAACCGGUUACACCGGUGAAAUAUGCUCGAUUGUGGUCGGAAAUACCAUCGAAAAUGUCGAUUGACGACUAUGAUUCGAAAAAACAACCCGAUUCGAAUAAAGAAGCGGUUCGGGCACGGUUCAAUACAACAAUUGCGUUUGUCGAAAAUUAUUUGUGUAAUGUGGCGAUGAAAAAGUGGCUAUUUGCAAAUCAAGAUCAAAAUAAGCUGACGUUCGAAGUAGUAAAACUGGCACGAGAUCUUGUCUAUUUUGGAUUCUAUAGUUUUAGCGAUUUACUUCGACUGACCAAAACAUUGCUCAGCAUUUUAGAUUGUGCUGAUGCAAAUGGUAUGGUUGGCGCCAUGCCAACCGGUGACAUUGGAUCCGCCUCCGAAGAGGAAUCUGAUAGCGAACUUGAUACUAAUACUACUAAUAAAGAGAAAGAGGAAGACACUGACGGUGGAGUGCUGCGUUCGAUUGGCGAUAUGGGCACUGUGAUGCUGGGACCGAUUGUGACGCCAGCCAUUUCGGUGCAACAACGCAAAUCCGUAACUCAGCUGAUGAAAGAAUACCCGCUUGUGAUGGACACCAAACUGAAAAUCAUUGAAAUUUUGCAAUUCAUUUCGGAUGUACGUUUGGACUAUCGAAUUUCAUGCCUUUUGUCAAUUUUUAAGAAAGAAUUCGAUGAAUGUGAUCCACAAAAAUCAAGCGAUGAGAUCAAUUUGCGUCAGAAAAAUAUCGAUUUGGAAUCGAUUGGAAUGCAAGCAGAGAAAAUAUUUUGUGAUGAAGAACCAUCGCAUCUUGAUCUAGACGGCCAAGGCGGACGAACAUUCCUACGUGUUUUGUUGCAUUUGAUCAUGCACGAUUAUCCACCGUUGGUUUCGGGCGCAUUGCAUUUACUAUUUCGUCAUUUCAGUCAACGGCAAGAAGUGUUGAACGCUUUUCGACAGGUUCAAUUGUUGGUUAGCGACAGUGACGUUGAAUCCUAUAAACAAAUUAAAUCAGAUUUGGAUGUGUUGCGUCAAUGCGUUGAGAAAUCAGAACUGUGGGUCUACAAAUCGAAGCCAUCUGAUGAAAGUACGGUGACUGUUGCGGAGACAUCCGAUUCAAAAGCUUUCGGCGUUGAAUCAAAAGUUGGAGAUUCUUCGGCGGGCGAAGGCAGUUCAAAGAAACCAAACUCUGUGUUAAAGAAAGAUGAUUCGAGUUUUGGAUUUUUUGUGGACGACGAUGGUGUGUUUGAUCAAAAUCAAGAAUACAAAAAAGUCGAACAAAUUCUACGUCGAAUGAAUAAAUUGUGUGUGUCAAGUGGUUCGUCGGGCGACGUGGUAAAACCACGUAAACAUGAACAGCGUUUGCUUCGUAAUGUUGGUGUGCAUACAAUUGUACUUGAUCUACUCCAAGUGCCAUAUGAUGAGAAAGACACACAAAUGCAUGAACUAAUGCGUGUUGCGCAUAAGUUUCUGCAAAAUUUCUGUUUGGGAAAUCAACAGAAUCAAAAUCUUAUGCACAAACAGUUGGAUAUGUUCUUGAAUCCCGGCAUUUUGGAUGCUGAAACCGUAUGCAGCAUAUUCAAAGACAAUUUGGCACUAUGCAAUGAAGUGAACGAGAAAGUUGUUCAACAUUUUGUGCAUUCGAUUGAAAUUCACGGUCGACACGUUGAGUAUUUGAAAUUCUUGCAAACAAUUGUCAAGGCCGAAAAUCAAUUUAUUCGCAAGUGUCAAGAUAUGGUUAUGCAAGAGUUAAUAAAUGCUGGCGAAGAUGUUCUUGUGUUUUACAAUGAUAAAUCGUCGUUCAAUCAAUUCAUCGCGAUGAUGCAACAAAAAACAGCCGGAACACUGAAAGAUGAUGGACCGAUCAAGUACCAUGUUGAGCUGGUAAAACUAUUGGCCUGCUGUACGAUGGGCAAAAAUGUCUAUACGGAAAUUAAAUGCAAUAGUUUACUGACACUAGAAGACAUAAUUGCAAUGAUUUCCCAUCCGGAUUGUUUGCCAGAAGUAAAAAUAGCCUAUGUUGAUUUUUUGAGCCAUUGCUACAUCGACACAGAAGUUGAGAUGAAGGAAAUUUAUUCGUCACAUCAUAUGUGGAAUUUAUUUGAAAACUCCUUCUUGGCCGAUAUAAAUCGUUUAAUUGCCGUUCCAAUCGUGGUAACUGACAAUGAUGCUCAAAAAUCCACAGUUGUGGCGACUUCAACAUCAAAAUCAACGGAAACGUGCGAACAAGAACUACUGAACUAUGUAAUUUAUGAAGUUAUGAAUUGUUUAACGACAUUUUUCAAUAGUCCUUUUUCGGAUCAAUCAACCGUUUUGCAAACGCAUCAAACCAUCUUCAUUCAAAUCGUUCAAUCGGCUUAUCGCCUGACUAAAUGCAAUAGAAUACCAUCACCCCAGAAAUUUCAUGUUGAAAAUUGUAUUCGAACAUUGACCGAAGUGGCGCAAAAGCGUGCCAUCGCCUUCCCCGUUGAAUUGGAAAAUCAGCUCUUGAUGAUGUUCAAUAAAUCGGCGUUGUUAACACGACAAACAAGCAAAUGGCUACUGGCAUCCAAACAACCGAAAAUUGAACGUGCACCAUCGCAAGUGAUGCGACUUGAUCGUACCAUUAUCGAAGGUCUACAGGAUAUUUUGGAGCUGUUGUACAAUCAAUUGAAGCCAUUGGUUGAAGCCGAAUUGUCACUAUUAGUGGAUAUUUUAUAUCGAUCUGAAUUACUAUUUCCCGAAGGUUCGGAAUCUCGAAAGAUCUGUGAAAACGGUGGCUUUAUACGGCGGCUCAUAAAACACGCUGAAAAAUUGUUGGAAGAAAAAGAAGAGAAACUGUGCGUUAAAGUGUUGCGAACGCUGCGCGAAAUGAUGGCAAUGGAUACGGAGUAUGGUGAAAAAGGUGAUAGUUUGCGUAAUACAUUGCUUCGUCGUUAUUUUGCGGAUGCAUUCUGCGAUAAGUCUCAUCAUGCGCUCAACCAUUUGACGGGCAACGGUCCAAAUGUGUUGGGCAAAACAGUGGGCGCCAAACCAAAAGCAAUUCCACCAAACAUUGUUGGAUCUAAAACGGAACCGAAUUCAUCGGGUCUGUCGAUAACACAUGGCCCUGGUGCGAAAUUUCUACAGCGGGCCGAACGAACAUUGCACGAAGUACAAAGUCAUUUGGAUAAAGAGGGAGCAUCAAAUUUGGUGGUGGAAUUAGUUAUUAAAUCGGUGAAUUCACCAUCGAUUUUUGUUGAAGGUGUUGAAUUAGGUAUCGCAUUACUUGAAGGUGGCAAUCCAAUCAUUCAGCGUAGCAUGUUCAAUAAAUUCCAAAAUGCUGAGCUGAGUCAAUCAUUUUUCAAAGUGUUUUACGAUAAAAUGAAAGAUGCACAACAAGAAAUUAAAUCAACGGUCACCGUCAAUACCACUGAUAUUGCGAACAAAACAACAAACGAAUCAAAACAGGAUGGAAAAGAAUUGGAUAAAAUCUCAAAAAAACAAGCAAACAAACAAUCAAAUGGCAUUGUGAUAACAGAUGAAUUGCGCGAUGAAUUGAAUAAUGCCGGUUUAGCAACGGCCCAAGCGUAUGCUGCUGCAAGAAAUCUCAUACCACCCGGAAGUAGUUGUAAUGGUAGUGAUGAUCAGUUAACUGUUAAUAUGGGCAAUGCACUCGAAGAAAUUUUAGCCGAUAAACUGGAGAAGCGCAAAGAAAAAGACGAUAACAAUAAAUUAUCAACAAAAGUGUUGGUUAUGCAGCCGGUGCUUCGAUUCUUACAACUUCUAUGCGAAAAUCAUAAUCCCGAUUUACAAAAUUGGCUACGACAUCAGAACAAUAAAACCAAUUACAAUGUGGUAUCCGAAACUCUGAUGUUUUUAGACUGUAUUUGUGGUUCAACUACCGGUGGACUUGGUUUGCUUGGCUUGUACAUAAAUGAAAAUAAUGUGGCAUUAAUAAAUCAAACAUUGGAAACGUUAACGGAAUACUGUCAAGGUCCGUGUCAUGAGAAUCAAAAUUGCAUUGCCAUUCAUGAAUCAAACGGUUUGGACAUAAUAACGGCCUUGAUUUUAAAUGACAUUAAUCCACUUGGCAAGAAUCGCAUGGAUUUGGUGUUAGAACUGAAAAAUAAUGCCUCAAAGCUAUUGCUGGCCAUCAUGGAGAGUCGCGGUGAUAACGAGAAUGCGGAACGUAUUUUAUACAAUAUGAAUCCAAAGCAAUUGGUUGAUGUUGCGUGUCGAGCAUUCCAUCAAGAGGAGAUUUUGAGCGAACAUGAACAAAUGGAUGACAUGUACAAUUGUGACGAUGAUCAAGAUGAAGGCGGUGUAUCGCCACGUGAGGUUGGCCAUAAUAUUUACAUUCUAUGCCAUCAAUUGGCUCAACAUAAUAAAGAAUUAGCUGCAUUACUUAAACCAACUGACACAGUAUCAUCGAAUCUAUCAAGCACACCCGCUGCCGGCACCACAUCACAUCCAUCCAGCGAAAUUAGUAAAACAAAUGUUGCAUUACAAUAUUAUGCUACGCACACGGCACAAAUUGAAAUCGUUCGACACGAUCGAACACUCGAACAAAUCGUAUUUCCAAUUCCGGAGAUUUGCGAGUAUCUAACCAAUGAUACCAAAAUUAAAAUAUUUCACACAGCCGAACGAGACGAUCAAGGUUCAAAGGUGGCUGACUUUUUCGAUAAAACCGAUGAAAUGUUCAAUGAAAUGAAAUGGCAAAAGAAACUCCGUGGACAGCCAGCUUUGUUUUGGGUUAGCAGCUAUAUGACUUUGUGGAGUAACAUUCUUUUCAAUUUGGUCGUUCUGAUAAAUACAAUCAUUGCAUGUUUCUAUCCGUUUGAGAGCAAUAUUUUAGAGCUGAAUUCCCAUUUAUCUGGCCUGAUAUGGACGGUGAUGUUGUUGUCAUUUAUUAGUUUGUUUACGGUGCCUCGGCCAUCUGGAAUUCGCACACUUGUCGCCUCAAUCAUAUUACGCAUGAUAUUUUCGAUUGGACCGGCGCCGACGAUUUGGAUGUUAGGCUUUUUGACUGUCAUUCUGAAAGGUGUUCACAUCGUCAGUUUGAUGGGAAAUCAUGGUACACUUGAGAAGCAUCUUCUGAAAAUCGUAACCGACGCUCAGCUAAUUUACCACUUUGGUUACAUGGUAUUUUGCAUGACUGGCAUGCUGGUUCAUCCAUUUUUCUAUUCCGUUUUGCUGUUCGAUGUGGUUUAUCGUGAAGAAACUCUGUUGAAUGUAAUUCGAUCGGUAACACGAAACGGUCGAUCGAUCGUAUUCACAGCGGUUUUGGCAUUGAUUUUGGUUUAUCUAUUUUCGAUUAUUGGUUACAUUUUCUUUAAGGAUGAUUUCUUGGUGCCCGUUGACGAUGAAAUUAUAUCAAUAUCAGGUGAUGGUUUGCCACCAUGUAAUGAUCCACCUGAUGUAACAUUGUCGAAAGGCACGAAUGAUGCAGAGCAACAGGUGUGUUCAAAAGAUGCAUUACAAGAGGCCGAUGAUGGUGGUGAACGUAAAGAGCGUGCCUGUGAUUCCCUUGUAAUGUGCAUUAUCACCACGCUCAAUCAAGGUCUACGAAAUGGCGGUGGUAUUGGUGAUAUUCUGCGCGCUCCCUCUUCUUCAGAAGCAUUGUUUAUAGCGCGUGUUAUAUAUGAUUUGCUGUUCUUCUUCAUCGUAAUCAUUAUUGUAUUGAAUUUGAUUUUUGGUGUUAUUAUCGAUACAUUCGCCGAUUUGCGUAGUGAAAAGCAACAAAAAGAGUUAAUUCUUAAGAAUACAUGUUUCAUAUGCGGUUUGAAUCGUUCAGCGUUCGAUAAUAAAACCGUUAGUUUUGAAGAGCAUAUCAAAAGUGAGCAUAAUAUGUGGCACUAUUUGUACUUUAUUGUUUUGGUCAAAGUAAAAGAUCCGACCGAAUUCACUGGCCCCGAAUCAUAUGUCUACGGAAUGGUUAAAACAAAUACAUUGGAUUGGUUCCCACGAUUGCGUGCGAUUUCCUUGGCCGCCGUCGAAGUAAGCGAAGAGCAAAUUGAAUUGCGCAGUCUACAAGCUCAACUCGAGACAACGCAAGUCAUUGUAACUCGACUAUCCGAACAACUUAUGGAGUUAAAAGAUCACAUGACAGCCCAACGCAUGAAUCACAUGAGCACAACUGCCGCAAAAUCAAUGAUGUAUUCAUCGUCUCUUCAUUUAAAUAUUGGAAAAUAAAAAAAAGAUCUGCAAUUUCUCUUCCAUUUUUUCAACCAAACACACGUCUAUCCAUAUAUAUUUUAUUAUUUUUAAGAGAGUAGUUCAAACAAAUCUCUGUUGAGUUUAGAUAUACAAAGUUCUUUUUUAUUGAAUUGAAUUUAUUGUAAUUGUAUAGAAAAUAUCGAAAAAGAAACUUAUUGUUAAACACUUUAUUCAAAU